GUCUGAUUUUAUGCGUCAUACACGCCUUUAGUGCUACUUUUGUAUAAAAGGGCUGUGCAUUUAGUACAAAGCCGUGCGCACCGCAGAAACUGGAUGGUGCUUUAAAAAGACAUUGUUCUUGCUCUGGUUCAGUUUUAUUAGUACACAUUUGUAAAAUCUCUUUUGCACUGUCGAGCGGAUAUUUUAUAUAUUUUUGGUGAGAGAUUAAUCGAAGCGCCGAUGGAUCGUCAUUCUGCAUGGCCGCCGUGUGCCCUUCUGUUCUUUGUACACUUUCUAUGUGGCGCGUACGGACAGGUCCGUUACUCCGUGCCAGAGGAGAUGACACCUGGUUCUUUCGUCGGAGACAUAGCUAAAGACUUGGGUCUUGAGCUUAAACGGCUGACAACGGGGAAAGCGCGCGUCUUUACAGCGGGUGGCCGCGAAUAUGUCGCGCUGGACCGGGAGAAAGGGCACAUCAUCGUUAAGGAGAGAAUCGACAGGGAGCUUUUGUGCGUUGGUGCCGUAUCGGCGUGCAGUCUGAGCUUUGAAGUCAUUUUAGAAAAUCCCAUCGAGCUUUAUCGCAUCACCAUAGAAAUACUGGAUGUUAAUGACAACAGUCCUGCGUUUCCAAGAGGCGAAAUUACAUUAGAAAUCAGUGAGUUCGCAUCAAACGGAGCGCGUUUUACUGUGGAUAGCGCAGUUGAUCCUGAUGUUGGCAUUAACAGUAUUCAGAGUUAUUCAGUUCAUCCUACUGAUCGUUUUACUGUAAAGACACAAAGUCGAUCAGGCAGCGGUAAAAAUGUCGAACUUGUUUUGCAAACACCGUUAGACCGAGAGAAACAAGAACAUUUGUAUUUGACCAUAACUGCUACAGAUGGAGGCAACCCCAAGCGAACUGGCACGGUAAAAAUCAAUAUUAUUAUUUUAGAUAACAAUGACAAUGCUCCGAUUUUCCAAAAGGACACAUACAGAAUCUCUAUCUCCGAAAACAUUGCAAAGGGUCGUUGCUGGUUACUGUUAAUGCAACCGACGCGGACACCGUCUCAAAUGCGCAAAUUGGAUAUUAUUUCGAGCACACCACACCCAAAAUCCGAGACCUGUUUUCUGUCGAUCCAUCCAGCGGUGAAAUAAGAUUGAUCGGCGAGCUUGAUUUUGAAGAGUCUGCUAUACACGAGUUCAAAAUUCAAGCUAAAGAUCAGGGAGGUUUAUCAGAUUCCUCUGAGGUGAUUGUGGAAGUCACAGACGUAAAUGACAACGCACCAAAAAUUA